GGAUAACAUAAGUCGGAUUGCAUUGCUAGUAUACAUCAUGCGACUUGGACACAUUUCAGGUGAAGAUGGCUAUCGCAACCCCGAAGGUAGAGGGCUAGCAUAGCUGGAUGGCAGGCUUCUAUGUACAAAUGCAUAGCAAGGUUGCUCAGAGCCUGCAUAUGUAAGGCAACAGUGGGGGACGAUUUGAUCUUUGUUGCUUUCGCCACAAAUAAUAAGAUACGGACUGCAAUGCAGUAUGUCACAGCCGGAAGUUGUUCCUUCUGCUGUCCACGCACUAUUCGUGUCCCUGUCCCGGAUCUGUCUUAUAUUGACAGUCCGUGAAAAUGUAUUUCUCGUUAGCAACCGAGCGCGCAAGCCGAUCGUCGCAUCACACACUCUGGGAAGUCUACUCCUUCCAGGGCGCGAUCCGAAGGCAGGCCAAAAGGGUGUCGAGGGUCGCGGCAGUCACAAUGAGCAUUACGAGGACACUGAGGACGCGAGACAAGCCCAGGAUCGUUCUCCAGAGGACAGCCACCAUCACGACGAUGGUUCUAUGCAAUUGUUCCACGAUCAUGAAGAGAUGCGUGAGGAAUUCCUCGACCAUAGUGCCUUGCGUGUAGGCAAACUGAAGAUGAUGGCGAGUGUCGGCCUGUAUACCCCCAAGAAGGCAAAAGGUUAGCCAGUCAUUUAGACUCUACUCUAGAAAGAAGACGAGGCAAAUAUAAAAUGAAAACCA